GGAAACCCCAACUUUGCAUCCUUCGUUGCUUGCUUUGAUAAACGGUAGGUACAUCCGUUGUAAAACAUUGCUGCUACCUGUCUAGUUGGGAACGCGUUGCUUGUUGUCAUUCGUGCCUGCCUGACUGACACAAUGAAACACGGAAGCUUGGACUUCCCCACUCAAUACAUGCAAGCUCCAGUCUUUCUGGAUAACUUCGACGUUGUGCAUGCUGUACGACAACGUCGAAAAUGGCGGGUCUCAACAAACUCCCGCAAGAAGUCCGCGACAAGGUGUAUCGACUGUUCCCGGGGGUUGCCUGGAUCGACGUCGCUCAAACAUUCCCUGGAGUCACACCCUUCAGCGUAGAGCAACCAGCACUGAGCAAAACGUCGCGCCAAGUGCGCAAAGAGUGCCUCGAUGUCUUCUACAGCAAGAACAAGUUCCUCUUCGACCUUAGAGGCUGGAAGCACGACAACUACCCGCCCAGAUGGACGCCGCUUAACAUCUACGAGAAGUGGAUCACAGCUAUCGGAGAUGACAACGUGGCCCGCCUCCGCAGUCUCAGCAUCGUGAGCCAGAACUUCAGAGUCCACCUGACAGUCUCCGCCGAGCAGCCACAGCUCUCCUUCAAGUUCACCUUCACGUGGUCGAAGCCAGUGGAGACGGCAGACGGUGUACCGCCACACCUGGGGUUUGAGGGCGUCAUGAAGCACGCUCCGGAAGGUCUCCAACGCGUGCUGGAUGAGAUUCAUGCCAGCAGCCCCGACCGCCUCACCGUCGAUGGCUUGCUGCGCUUCGUCAGGUGCGUAAAGAACAAGGAGCCACCGGGCUUCGAGAAUUGUCCGGGGUCUUACGGAGACUGGUUGUACUGAGGGCUCGUUGCCUCCACACGCAGAACGACCGAAGGACUCCAACCGUUUCUAUGCAACCGUGGCAACUUAGGCUACCAGGGUGCCAUACUACCAUCAGGUGACCCAAGCACGUGGCCGAGCACGAGAAGGCAUCUCGACAAAUGUACCGAUUGCGGCUAUCAUCGAUAUACACGAGGACAUGAUUAAUGACCAGCGGGCACCGUGCUGCAAGCCUGUGGUGAAAGGCGGCAAAGGUUGUCCGCGUGUAACAUACGAAAAUGUACUUGUAGCUUCCUACAGCCUUCCCCAGUCC